AUGAUAGAUGUGUACCACUUGACAGAGCUUGAAGAGGGAGUGUUCAACAACCUAACUCAGCUUCAGGCAAUAUAUAUCAGUCGAGCCCCACAACUAAAAAAUGUGUCUCCUCAUCUAUUCAACGUGGAGCUGAAAAGUUUAAAGAUUAUACGUAUAGUGCACUCAGGUCUGGUAGUUCUCCCAGCAAUGCAUUUUCUCAGGACAUCGGCGCCUCUUCACAUGGUAGACUUCGAUAACAAUCGCAUAACCAGUAUUAGAACGAAUGAGGUUAAAUUAAAAGCAGAGCAAUUGUUACUGAAUUACAACUCUCUUGAAUAUAUCGAAAGCCACGGGUUCAACGCUUCUCAAAUAGCUAAACUAGCUUUCAAAGGAAAUAGAAAUCUACACUGGCUGCACAAGGACUGCUUCAAAGGGCUUCAAAGUUUGCGACACAUAGACCUGUCAGAGACCGCCAUACGUCGGCUUCCCACUGUAGGACUGCAGGAGUUGGACGAGCUGCGUCUCCUAGACACCCCGGCACUCAAGGUCUUCCCCUCCGUGUUCCACUUCAAGUAUAUAAGAGAGGUGUCCCUUACGUACCCAUACCAUUGCUGCGCCUUCCAGUUCCCCGCUACACACCAUCCUCAGGAAUAUGAAAAACACCAGAGGUUCCUACGUGAGUUUAGCAAGAACUGCACUAUGGGAUCACGACCUCUAGAGGACAGUCAGUGGGGUCUGGGAGCUCACACUUCUACAGAUCACCUUGGGAUGUUACAAGACGGUUCUGUGUGCAUUGUAAAUGUAUGUUUGAUGCAGAGGUUCCUACGUGAGUUUAGCAAGAACUGCACUAUGGGAUCGCGACCUGUAGAGGACAGUCAGUGGGGUCUGGGUGCUCACACUUCUACAGAUCACCUUGGGAUGUUCCAUGACGGAGUGACAGUACAGCCAGGGCGGCGGAUGCAGGCUCUUUGUGGUAACCUAUCCAAGAACUACCGGGAGGUUCGGUGUGUACCAGCGCCAGACGCAUUCAACCCCUGCGAGGACCUGAUGGGCAACUGGGCCCUCCGGGUCGCCGUGUGGCUCGUGGCCGUAGCAGCGCUACUGGGGAACAUCACCGUGCUGCUGGUGCUCGGCAGUAGUAGGUUUCGCAUGACGGUGCCCAAGUUCCUGAUGUGCCACCUCGCCGUGGCCGACCUCUGCAUGGGACUGUACCUUCUGAUGAUUGCUGCUGUGGACUCUCGCUCUAUUGGAGAUUACUUCAACUAUGCCAUCGACUGGCAAAAUGGCCUUGGUUGUCAGGUAGCUGGAGCUUUGACCGUGUUCGCCAGACAACUGUCCAUCUACACUCUGACCGUGAUAACUAUAGAGCGAUGGUACACCAUCACAUACGCAAUGCAUCUCAACAAGCGGCUGAACCUACCUUGCGCCUGCAAGAUCAUGGUGUGUGGCUGGGCCUACGCCCUCCUCAUGGCUGUCUGUCCCCUGCUGGGCAUCAGCGGCUACUCCAAGACUAGUAUCUGCCUUCCAUUAGAGAACUUGAAGCCGUGGGACUUGGUGUACUUGGUGGUGCUGCUGGCAUUCAACGGUGUGGCUUUCUGGGUGGUGGUGGUCUGCUACGGCCGCAUGUACUGCGCCAUCCGCGGCGGCCAGGACAGCGUCGCGGCGCUGACACGUUCAGACAUGACCGUCGCCAAGCGCAUGGCACUCCUAGUCUUCACCGACUUCGCUUGUUGGGCUCCGAUCGCCUUCUUUGGCGUCACGGCACUCGCUGGUUAUCCACUCAUAGACGUAUCAAACACUAAGAUACUCCUAGUAUUCUUCUACCCUCUGAACUCCUGCGCCAACCCGUACCUGUACGCGCUGCUGACUCAGCAAUACCGUCGCGACCUGUUCGUCCUCCUCAGCAGGUACGGGCUGUGCUCGAACACCGCGGCGAAGUACAAGGACCCGCUGGAGAUGGCUCGUGCUGGAGGGUUCCAGAGAGUGUCAGUGCCUGGGGGGUCUGCUCCUCACCUCCACCGAGGGUCCGUCCUCACCACCAUCACUUGUCUGGACUCUACCACACCCGGGGGGCGCCUCGUCCACCCCUCCAACCCACCGAUACACAAAAUCAGCAUUUCUUAAA